AUGAGCAUAUUCGUGGCUGCUGCAGCGGCCCUGGCAGUCCUAGCGAGUCUGGGCUUGUUGGGCCGGGCCGCGGACUCGGGGCCGCAAGACCUCUACUCAGGGACACUGGACUCCGUAAACAGCUCCUCUUACCCGCCCGCCUACUAUGGAUCCCUGCAUACCUACCUGAAUAGUGCGCAGCUUAACAGCCAAGGAAUGAGCGUCGAUCACGACGUCAUAGUCAUCGGGGCGGGAUUGGCAGGCAUCGCGGCGGCUACGAAGCUUCAGGCGGCGGGCCUGUCUGUCGUCGUCCUGGAGGCCAGGGAUCGGGUGGGUGGCAGGGUACAGACAGCCACCUACGAUGACUCAACUGCCGAGCUUGGGGCCUCUGUCCUCCAUGGCGACAUCAGCAACCCAUUGGCCCAGCCCCUCACUGGGCUCGGAGUCAGGCGCGCCAUCUUCGACCCCGGCUGGGACUCCCAGACCGUCUUGGCCCUGCCUGGCAGCGGCAACGCAGACAUAGACCCCUCGCUCGCCAGCAGCUCCACCUGGCUUGGCUUCCUGGCGGCUGCUGAGGCCCUGUGCACCGCCACCCUCGCAGACAUCGUGGAGGGGCUGUCGCCUGACAGCGCACCCGGCCCCGUUCUGGCCCCAUCCCUCCAAGACGCAGUGGAUGCCUACCUGGCCUCUGCGCCGCUCACGGCCGCCGCGAGGAGGGCCCUCCUGGCCCGCAUCCGGCUCGUCGAGGGUCAGGCCGGUGCCCACGCCUCCAGCCUCUCCCUGGCCUACGCUUUUGCCGUGGGGCCAACCUCCGGCGUGGACGACCUGGUGGUGUCCGGGCUGGGGGCAGUGGUCGACAGACUGGCUGCCGACCUGGACGUCCGCCUGGGCACGACCGUGAGAUCGAUCAGCCACGGCGACCUGGCUGCCGGCGUCACAGACGCGUCUGGCGCGGCGCUCAGUGCGCAGUUCGUGCUGUGCACGCUGCCGCUGGGGCUGCUGCGUACCGGCGCUGUGGACAUCCAGCCGCCGCUGCCCGACCAGCUGACGCGAGCCAUGUGGCGGCUGGGCGUGGGCGGCGCGGCGGCGUUGGCCCUCUGGUUUGACCAGCCUUUCUGGGACCUGUCCUGGCAAAGCUUCGCGCAGGAGCCCGGGACCGCCAGCCAGGCGCAGGGCUGGGUCCGCUUCACGCCCCUCUACUCCCUCACCUGGUCCCCCGCCCUGGUGGCCACGCUGACGGGGCCUGCCCUGGACAGUCUGGCUGGAAAGACAGACGACGAGGUGGCGGCCGCCGUGCUGGCCACGCUGGGCAGCAUGCUGGGCGGCGGGACUCCACCAACGCCGCUGCACUGGGAACUGGCGCGCUGGGACCGGGACCCAUUGACCCUGGGGGGGUACACCUACUACCCAGAUCGGGCGACGCUGGGGGAGCCGGUGAGCGGCAGCCUGGUGUUUGCAGGGGAGGCGGCAUCCCUGGAGCACCCCUCCACGGCGCACGGCGCCUGGGCCUCGGGGGAGCAAGCUGCCGGCCUGAUACUGCACAGCCUCGCCCAGUCGCGGGAGGGGUGCGCCGCCCAGUGCCCGCUGCGAUGA